AUGGCUGUACAGAUCGGCACGAACGCUCAGAAUGCUGCUGCGUCUCCGGCUGUCCCGCUCUACCACCUGUCCUCGCAGUUUCGGCACUGGCGAUACUCUAAGGAACAACUCGAGCAGAUCAGGAAGGAGCUAAACGAGCAGGCGGUCGAGCGGGUGCGCAAGUUGUGGGAGGAGGAGAGGGCUUCGAGAACAGCGAUACCAUCAGCGACAGCAGCGGCGGACGGCUCCACGUCAAGCACUUCCGCACCGCCCUCGCAACCCGCAACUCCUCCUGAACCCUCAGAAAUCGAGUACCUCACGGUUGCAGACGAGCAGGCCCUGGUCGGGUACUACUUGACGCAGGCAGUCGCUCUCUGUGGAGCGCUCAAGUUCCCGGAGAUGGUCCUCGCGACGGCAAUCACGUACCUCAAGCGUUUCUACCUCCGCAACACCUGCAUGGACUACCACCCGAAGAACAUCAUGCUCACCUGCGUCUUCCUCGCGACCAAGACGGAGAACCUCCCAACUUCCAUCGACACCUUCGCCGCCCGUGUCAAGACCCCUCCCGCCGACAUCCUCUCGCUCGAAUUCCUCGUCUCGCAAAGUCUAAAUUUCGAGUACAAGGUCCACCACGCGCACCUCGCUCUGAGCGGUCUCGUGCUCGACUUGCAGACCGCAGGCUGCGACGCCUCCUCCGUCGCCUCUGCCCUCCCCCGCGCUCAGGUAUUCUGCCGGACCUCCCGCCUCACUCCCGCCGAACUCGUCUACACGCCCUCCCAAAUCGCUCUCGCCUGUCUCCGACUCGCAGAUCCUUCACUCGUUGAUACCUGGUUGGGCGACAAGGAUCUGAGGCGAGAGAAGGCAGAGGAUGAUCGGAAGGAGAAGCAGGUCAAGGCGGGCGGGAAUGUCGAUGGGGACGGGAAGCGACCGCAGACGGAAGGGCGGAGACCGGACAUACCGGAAGCGACGAGGCUGCAACGGGACGACUUAAUCAAGGUGCUCGACGAGGUGCAGGCGAUGAUCCAGGAGACACAGCGGAGCCCCAUCGACAAGGAGAAGGUCAAGGACAUUGACCGCCGGUUGCGAUGGGCGCGGAAUCCUGAGAAAGACCCGAAUAGCGCAUUAUACAAGAAGCGAAAAGCGCAAGAAGAGGCGGAGCGGGAAGAGAAGGACCGGGCGAAGGCCGUGAAGCGAGGUGAGGCGGCGCAGGACGAUGCGAGCGUGUUUGACUGA